CCCCGGCCGACUUUCAGCUCUUCAUGGUUCUUCACACAGCAAUCUCGUACCUAGGCUCCAGUGAUUCGGAACGUUGCCCAGGACGACAGCUUCACGACUUUUAGGCAACCAUUUAGUGCCUGACGAUAUAAGACUUCCGAUAUUCUUUCUGUACUGCUAGAUUCAACCACUCACAAGAUAACCACAAACCCAAACUUGACUCAAUUGCAUCAUUUACAAUGACAUUCGACAUAAACUCUGUGCCCGACUUCGACGCCCUUCCCAAGGUCGAAGGGAUGCCACAAGGCUGCGCCUGGGGCAUCUUUGACCGCGAUGGAAAGAAGGACAUGGUCGGAACUCUGAACUUCUUGACCCCGGAGGUUGUGAAAGCCGCGGCUGGCGAAGUGAAAGACGGUGUAUCGAUCUCACUCAACUGGCCCUUGAAUGCCAUGAACAAACUGCCCGCCAUAGGAAGAAAGCAGUCCCAGCACAAGGUGCUCUAUAUCCCCGAAGCCAUGUCUGCUCUUCCAUUCGAGCAAGGCAAAUCGUGGGACGACGAGCUGGAGUUCAACACCCAGGGUAGCAGCCAGUGGGACAGUCUCUGCCACUUCCAGCAUCAGCCAACCGGCCUCGCUUACAACGGAGCCAACCCAACCGUGGAGGCUCUUUCAGUGGAGUCGACUGAUGCAAACACCAUGCCCACGCUGGACCACUGGCAUGCCCGGGGCUGCAUCGCCGGUCGAGGCGUUCUGCUCGACUUCAAGGCGUUUGCCGAGGAGAAGGGAAUCCCCUUUCACCCGUUUGACGGCGACCGCAUCAAAGCCGACGACUUGGAGGCCUGCGCCGCUCACUUUGGCGUCGAGUUCCGACCCGGCGACAUCCUCCUUGUCCGCACGGGCGCCACCGAAGUCGUCGACAAGAUGGACCCCGAGGGUUUGGGCAAGAUGGCGGCUGUCAAGCUUUCGGGCCUUCACGGGUCUGAAGAGACGGCCAGGUGGCUCUGGAACAAGCGGUUCGCUGCCGCAGCCUCCGACUCGAGCAGCUUUGAAGCGUUCCCGCCGCUGAAGGCGGAUAAUACGGUUGGCGGCAUGAAGGACCUCGUGCUCCACAUGUAUCUCCUGAACCUCUUCGGCAUGUCAAUUGGCGAGCUUUGGGAUCUCAGCAAGCUGUCGGAAUACUGCAAGAAGACGAAGAGGUAUUCGUUCAUGAUUACCUCGUCGCCGCUGAACCAGCCGGGACUGAUUGGAUCUCCGCCUAAUGCCAUGGCCAUCUUCUAAGCGUGGCGGACAGGACGCUGGGUGGAAUGGAAUCGCUACACUUUAAGUCGUCAUCGCAUUUGACCGAGGACGCUACGUUAUCAAUGAACCUUGAGACGAGGCCCCAUUUCAAGAAUCAUAGAGUUUCUUUCAGAUAUGCCACCUAAGAUUCGGGAGGCAUCUAAAUAUAAUA